CACUAUUAAAAGGCGGGAGAGUGGGUAUAUCAGCAUCAGCCGGCCAAAAUUUGCAGUUUAGUUUUUCUCCCAGCAUAUUUGUUUUAGUCGUUUUUAAAAGUUUCUUUCGCGCCCGAGUUAGUCCGCCUAGUAUAGUUUUAACACGAUGUCUGCUCCGCAAGCACAGCUGGACUUUUUCUCGACGGCGGGAAGUAUGCUUGAAUGGCAUGACAAUCUGGACAGAAAUAAGCCGGGUCUGCUGGAGUUGACCGGCGUUAGCCAACAUGGACGAGCCACGAUGAGUGGUCUCAAUGACUACGAUUACCAGAGCCUGUCGUUUCUCAAAUCGGACGAAACACAUAACCUACAACAACUGCGAACGGUGACCAAAUCGUCUAUUCCCAACGAGAUUCUGGAGCACUUCAAGCACAUCAAAUGCCACUGCACCAUGGGCCUGUUUCCGGAGAUUGGCCGUGCCUGGCUGACCAUCGACUCGGAGAUCUAUAUAUGGACCUUCAACCAGACGCGCGAUGUGGCCUACUACGACGGCCUGAGCCACUUGAUCGUUAGCGUUGGCCUGGUGAAACCCAAAGCCGGCGUUUUUGUGCAGGAUGUGAAGUACCUUCUGCUGCUCACCACGCCCAUCGAGGUCAUCGUCCUGGGCGUUACCUUCGACGAGAGUUCGCACAACGAAAUGCAGCUGAUGAACAGACCGAUUUUCGUAAUCGGCACCGACAACGUGUCCAUCAGCGUCAUCAAGGGCACGGACGAUGGACGCAUUUUCCUGGGCGGUCGCGAUGGCUGCCUCUACGAGGUGUUCUACCAGGCGGAGUCCAGUUGGUUCGGCAAGCGCUGCAAGAAGAUAAAUCUCUCCCAGGGACUGGUCUCCUACAUUGUUCCCAGCUUCCUAAAAGUGUUUUCGGAAGUUGAUCCAAUCGAACGCAUAGAGAUCGACAACAGCCGCAAACUACUCUACGUUUUAACGGAGCGCGGUUCCAUCGAAGCCUGGGACAUCAGUACGGAUUACACGAACGCACGAAGGCUGGGACGAAUCACCCAGAACGAUAUUACAAACCAAGCAGUUAGUCUGAUCACAACUGUGGACCCAUCUAUUUUCAAAAGUGUCAAGGCCAUCUGCCCUUUGAACGCCGACGAUGCCGGUAAACUGCAUCUUGUGGCCGUGACGCAGUGCGGUGUACGGCUUUAUUUCUCCACCACAUCGCUAAAUGUACAGCAGCAAUUCGGUCCAACGGCGGCUUGUACGCAGGCAGAGAGCACAGGAUUUGGUCAGUCGGCAACGCAGUCAUCACUCUCCGGUGGAGUCGACGCACCGAAGGGACUCUAUCUGCUGCAUGUGCGCCUGCCGCCCGGCUACACACCGAAUGCCACCACCAACAAGCCUAAGCAAGUGCAUGCCGCCCACUACACGGAGGGCACCAUGCUGAUGAUCACCACGCAACAGCAGGAGCAGGAUCUGCUCUGGUCGGUCAGCUCGGCGCCGUCGGUUAACUUCACCUACCUGGUGGAGUCGACGGCGCUGGAGAGCCUGGAUGGAGUGGUUUGGAGCAUGGCCGAGGUGCAUGAGCCGUCGUCGCCGCUCCUGAAGUCACCGCUGAACAGUGCCCGGCACUCGCGCAAGGUGGCACUGCUUACCAACCAGGGCACACACAUCAUAGAGCUCCUGAAGAUGGUCGACGUCCUGCGACAAAUCCUGCUGUCGUGCAAUGGUCCGCACCACGAGGAGGUGAAGAUGUUCUUCCAGUCGCAGAAUCAGCGCGAGGCGUGUGUCACCGCCCUUUUGCUGGCCACCUCGGAUAAGUAUCGGGGCGGGGACAUUGCGUUGUGGGCCACUCAGGCCUUUAUGCUGUACGGCGGUGAGCCCUGCUUCCAGCAUCCAAAGUUCCUGAAUGCCAGUAAUCGCAACGUGGCGAAUCAAACACUCGGUCCGAAUGCGGCGACCGGAAGGGAGCGUCUACCCAUGUUUAUGUCCACGCCAAUGCCGAAUAGUGCGGCCAACAGUCCGGUGUCUUAUGCUGGAGCGCACUUCAAUCAGCCCAUCAGUCCAAUUGGAAAUAUGCAACCUUCGCAGGCGGUCAGUAACGAGAACUCGUCGAUUGUGUUUUCGGCCAAACACGACGGACUAUACUUGUAUGUCUCCCGCAUGUUGCGUUCCAUUUGGCAACUGCGCUGUGUAAACGAGCACUUCUGCUCCAAUCUGAGCUAUAGCGAUUGUGCCCAUUUGCAAGCCGACCUGCGAUCCUUGCGCAGUUUUCUGGAAGUCCAUUCUGUGCAUGACAUUUCCUCCUCUACUCGAGUGUCGUUUGACCCACAUUUGGAUAGAACCAAUUCCUACAGCACGAUUAUGAUGAACAACACUAUGCUGCCGAUUCCUGAGCAAAGAAUUUUGACCGAACAGGCUCAAGUUGAGGAAAAACGUUCACUUUCUGCUCUUAACCUCUUUGUCAAACACGCCUGUGAGGUUGUAUCACUUUGGAGCAUUCUAAACGCGCACUCCUUUCAACUCAUUUGCUUGCAACUCAGUCCCGAACAUCAGAAGAUGUUGAAGUGCUGCACCUUCCGUGAUUUACUUCUCACACGUUCUGAGGUCUGCGCAUUCCUGAUCAUCUCACUGAUUAAUCUGUACCUCAAGGACAAGGCCGGUGUGUCCGAGGUGUCCAUGAACUUGCGUGAGAACUGCCCGAAUCUCUACAGGCAUGAAGAUGACGUGACCUACAAGGCCACCGAGUUGUUGAUGAAUGCCAAGAAUUGCACAUCCGCCGCCGAAAAGGAGCAGAAGCUGCGAACCACUCUGCAGAUGUGCAAGGAAGCUGCUCCAACUCUGCCACUGCAUAGUAUUUGCCAACAGUUCAUUUCCGCUGACUUCUUCGAGGGCGUCAUCGAGCUGUCGGCCGUGUGCGCAUCAAAGAGCGACCCCGAAGAGGUAGGCGUCCACUUCUACAACAACGGGGAACCAGCUGAAGACCGCGAGGGUUACACUUGCUUCGCCACAAGAAUGAACUACUACAAGGAAGUGCAACUUAUGCUGGACCAUAUCUACCAGAUUGCAUGCAACAAGUCGCACAUUAAGGACCAAACGCAAUCGCCACAACUGAAAAAUGGUGCCAAAGCCUCCGAUGCGAAAAAUGCAGCCAAACAAACGAUCCCCAAAAUUGUGGCACAGACGCUGCGGGUGAAGGAUCCUUUGAUCCAUGUGACCCUCUACGAAUGGUUGCUGUCGCACGACAUGCUUAGCGAGCUUUUGGACGUGGUCGAGCCAUCGCUGGGCGAGUUCCUGCGACGCAGUGUGUCGCGCAACGGGGAGAACGUGGUGCUGAUCGAUUUGCUGUGGAAGUAUUACGAGAAGAAUGGUCAUCAUUCCCAGGCGGCCCAGAUAUUGGACAACUUGGCUAUGACACGCAGUGAAAACAUAACACUGGAACAACGCAUCGAGUACUUGGUGCGCGCUGUUAUGUGCAUGCGAAAUGGCAAUGUUGGCUCCUCAAUUACCAAUGGGAUAUUCCUGAAAGAACUGGAGGACAAGCUGGAUAUUGCGCGAGUUCAAAAGACCGUGCUGGUUGCUAUGACGGAGCUGGCUCGCAGUAAGCUGGAGGCCGCCACGGCUGUGAAGGAGUUAAACUAUGCCCUGUACGAUAUCACACAGCUUUACCAGCACUUUGCGGAGCCCUUCGACCUCUGGGAGUGCCAGCUGUCCAUACUGAACUGCUCGCAUCACAACGACCCCCUGCUGAUUGAGUCGGUCUGGGGCAACAUUAUCAACAGCGUGGUGGAUGAGCCGGGCUCAACUCACGAACGCAGCACUAGGUUGUUCACGAAGAUCGAACUUCUGGUGAGGGAGUACGGCGAAUCGGGAGCCUGCUUUCCCUUUGCUUUUCUCAUACGAGAACUGGAGAUCAAAGCCUGCCAACUGCGACUGCCCGAGGGAAUAGUGCCGGAGAAACUGGUGACCAUGAAUCUGGACGUUGAACUGCUCCUGGAAUACUACUCGAGAAUGAUUUCAAUGAACGAACGUAUUUGGGCAAAUGAAGGCAACGAGUGGCAUUUGAUCCAAUCCGCCAUUCGAGUGGUCUCCCUCCUGGCAGACAACGCACAAUCCAUUUGGUACCGCUCAAAAAGACGAAUUAUUGGCAAGGCUCAAGACAUAGUAGCCGGCUGUUUAAAUAUUUGCUACCAAAAGCCCGACACCAACCGACUUCAGCAUUCGCUCAAGGAACUUCAAAGCAGACUGCAGCGGUUAUUGGUUUAAACUUUAAAGCCUCCCUUUGCGGAUUAAAAUAAUAAUUUUAAUUGAUUUUGAAAAUGCUGGACUAGACGUUAAGUUUGACUGAGAUAUAUUUUGUAUUUGUAAUAAAAGUGUUAAAUAAAUUGAUUUCCCCACA